AUGACCACCGUACCCUCGGGAAAGGCCAGAGCCUCCAGCAACGCCACCCAUGAUGACAACAGGUCUUCAGACAGCCCAACAGUAGGAUCCCAAAGUCAGGUCUCCCUCCUUGCAGAUGUUCCACUAGCUGAUGGUGCUGCAGUGUCAGCUGAAUGGCAGGAUGUAAAUCAGGCCUCCAUCAAGCCAGCCACCUCUGAGUCCAUGUCAGUGUCUGGGGACAAGGACAAGCAUGAAGAUGAUGCAAAGCACAGCCAGGAGCCCAAGGAGACCAAAGUCCGGUUUGCCCACUCAGCCCCAGAUGCCCUGCAAACAUCCAAGAGCCUCCAGUGCCCAAUAUGGGAAAGGCCAGUGCAAGACUCAAGGAAGACUCAGAGUCCUCCGACUUUCCAGUAUGACUCACUGGUUAAGGAGAAGAUAAUACCACUGGCGGUAGGUGUCUUGGACAGCAAGAAGGAGUUAGCUCCAUCUACCCCAAAUACUGAGGUACGGUCCCCCCAAAAUGAGUCUACUAUGAGCACUGCAGAUGCCGACAGCCAGCUUGACACUCAGGCCACUGGCAUCAUUGAAGCUGUUGAGAAGGAACCUGAAAAUCCGGAGGCCUUGUUCCCUGAUACUGAAGCUUUGCCAUCAGCUGAGCCCCAGGUAGUGACUGAGGGGGAUUGGGUGGACCACUCAGGAGACCUGCAAGCUCAGCCAGUCCCUCCCUCCCCAGGAGGCAGUGCCCACCACUCGCCUGGCUCCCCCACGGUGGCCCUGAGGAGGACACCCCUGGACUGCAGCCUGUACAUGCCCAGCGAGGAGAACGACUACAUGCGCUCUAUGACCAGUAUGCUAAACUGGGGCGAGGGGUCCAUCAGCUCCCUGGCAGACAUCCUGGUGUGGUCUGAGGCUAAUAUGGGCGUGGCCACGGGUUUGCUGGCUUUCGGCCAUAGCUCCGUGUCAGAACUGCUACACAGUACAGGCCCCAGGCUGCACUGUGUCACCAGAAUCCUGGGGAAUGCCAGGUUGGCCCUCUCCUCCAGGCUGGCAGCAGGGACCGACUCGGCCCUGCGCUCUGUCACCCACAUGCUGGAGAGGAUGGAGCAGAGAACUGUAGACGGCAUCCACUCAGCCGUGCGCUACCUCACCAGCCACCUCACCCCACACCAUACUGGUGUCAACUGUGACUAG